AGCUUCAGCUGCUUUUUGAUGCAGUUACAUGGAAAUUAUAAUACCGGCCAACAAUUUAAUGUAGUCUAUUUAUAUCACGUCUACUGCUCGAAACACAGACGCGAACAUAUAAUUCAUUAUAUUUUUAAAAGUGCACGUUACAUAAUUUUAGUCCCAAAAUGACAAAUCUGAAAGUUUUAAUCGGUGGGGGCACUGGCUUCAUAGGUAGGCGGUUGGGCGAUCUUAUUUCAAAACACGGAUAUGAUGUGACGAACGUUUCUCGAAUGCCGGGCAGAAACAACAUAUGUUGGUCGGAUAUAGCGAUGAGAGGUUUACCUGACAACACGCAUGCUGUGGUCAAUCUUGCGGGGCAACAGUUUAUGGACUUCACCAAAGCCUGGACGCCUGGGUUUAAACAAAAUAUCCAGAAUUCUCGAGUUUUCACUACCAAAUCAUUAGUAGAAGCCAUAAAUAAGGCAGAAGCUAAACCUAAGGUAUUGGUUGUGGUCACUGGAGUUGGUGCAUAUGAGCCUUCAGAGUAUAACAAGUAUGAUGAAAGUAGUGUUGUCACUGGCUCAGACUUCUUCUCCAGAUUAACUAUUGAAUGGGAGGGAGCAGCCAGUAAAGUAGACCCAUCAGUUAGACUUGUUAUAAUAAGAUCCGGUGUAGUGAUUGGCCGAGAAGGUGGAAUGAUAAAGAACAUGAUCCUACCAUUCUUCCUAGGACUAGGUGGGCGUAUAGGCUCAGGCAAGCAGUUCUUGCCUUGGAUACAUGUGGAUGAUCUCACAGGAAUUAUCAAAUUCGCUAUAGAAAAUGAAAAAGUUGAUGGAAUACUAAAUGGUGUAUCUCCUCACAUUAUAACUAAUCAGGAUUUUACAGCGUCUUUUGCCAAAGCCCUCAACCGACCAGCAUUUUUUCCUGUGCCAGAAACAAUUCUAAAUGUGCUGCUCAACCCUGAGAGAGCCAUGCUAUUGACCAAAGGACAACACGUUACGCCUAAAAGAGUCCUUGAACUCGGAUAUUCUUACAAGUACCACAACUUAGAUGAAGCAUGCAAGGACGUUGCACAUAUUUUUCCAAAGAAACCUGCAAAUUGAAGAUGUGCGUACGUAUACAUCAUUUUUGCAGCUUUCGGAAUACUUCUCGCAACUCGAAUACAUCAAGAGCAAAAUACAUAGAUGGAGACAAAUUUCGAAAUCGAAGAUUGUGGUGCACCUCUUGCCACCUUUAUGGUCUUAACUGACUUGAAAACAAAAAAUCGAUGCGACAUUUGACCUAAUCGACGCGAAUGCUGGAGUGUACCUCGCGUCCGCGCCAAUCGGAAAUAAAUUGUUCUUAUUAUAUCGAUACUGUACUUACAUUACAGACAAGUCAGGAAAUACAACAAUCGGUUUCGGUCCUACUUCCGUAACUUGCUUGAUUUUGGAUUCAAUAUUUCUCGGGGCCCUCGGUAAUGAGCUUUCUGUUUUGAACCUUAUAAUUAACAGGACUAAACUUUCCUAAUUUACAUUUUUACUUACGGAUUGAUACCUAUAAUUUUAAUGUCUUUUCAGUCUUGCUCUCAAUAGACCAGCGCACUGUUCGUUGCCGGAAAUUAUAUGCCCAGUUAAACCCUGAAAAACUAUGAUGGAACAAUAAUUAGUAUUUUAUGUGUCUAAAGAAUGAAAGUACAGAUACUAGUAAAAAAAAACAGUAUCACCAAGAAUGCAUCUACAAGUAAAAAUGUCACGUAUUUAUUUCAGGCAAAAAUGUAAAUAACAAUCUUAAAUGUAUGUACCUGUUCAUUUGUUAAUAGCAAUAUAAAUUUACUAUCCUCGUAAAGCUAUAGAAUGUCUAUUUCAUUGGAAUUUAAACCUUUUAUGUAAGGUGUAUUUGGGUAAUUCAGAUUACUUAAAAAAGGCCGAAAAUCACCCUUAAUUGUUAUUCAUAAUAGAAUCCAUUUUGGGAACUUUUUGAACCCGAAUAUACCUCACUAAAACUGGAUUCUAAUUCAUCUAGCAAGGAUUUUGUACGGAGGGCCUUACGAGGAAAGUUUUUACUACACAUUAUUUUUUUGCAUUUGUUUCUCCUAAGUCAUCUCAUCUAGAACACCAUUUAUUAUGCCAUGAUCACAAAAUGAAAAACUUUAGGAAAUACCCACCAGUAGCUACAAACGAAACAUUUUGACUUCAAUCUCCUUGAUUAGUUUGCUAUUGAAUUGAAAUGAUGUUGUUCUAUGUGCAAUAUUUACAAUACUUAGUGAAUUAUUUCUUUAGAAUUUAAUUUAUUAUAAUGUAAUUUAAUAAGCAAUUAAAGUACCUAGUUAGAUUUUCUA